GGCAUGGCGGCAGCAGGCGGCGCGGCGAGCCUCAGGGGCCCCGGGAGGCCUUGCCCCUUCUCCAUCGAACACAUUCUCUCCAGCCCGCCGGAGCGCAGCCCCGAGGCGCGCACAGCCCUCCCGCCGCAGCCAGCUGGCAACCAGAGCCCCGCGGAGCCCGGCGACCCCGAGGCGCGCAGCGCUGCGCCCUGCACCUGCUGCUGCUGCUGCGGCCCGCGCGCUGCGCCCCGCGGAGCCCCGGAGGCGGCCGCAGGGCCGGGCACGCGGCUACCGUGGCCGCUGAGGCUAGGACCCACGGCGCCCUUGACCCUGGCCGCGCCCACAGGAGGCUCUGCGGCUCUGCCCGGCCCUGGCCCACAGAGGCGCACGCGGCGCCACCGCACUAUCUUCAGCGAGGAGCAGCUGCAGGCGCUCGAAGCGCUCUUCGUGCAGAACCAGUAUCCCGACGUGGGCACGCGCGAGCGCCUGGCUGUCCGCAUCCGCCUGCGCGAGGAGCGCGUGGAGGUCUGGUUCAAGAACCGCCGGGCCAAGUGGCGACACCAGAAGCGGGCUUCAGCUUCCUCCAGGCUUCUACCUGGGGCCAAGAAACCUCCCAAAGAGAGCUGCUGA